AUUUCAGAGGUCGGCGUCGACGGCGCUCCCUCUUCAUGGGUUUCUUCUGUGAACACUGACAGUGUGUUCACUUGUAUUAGAAACAUUGAAUCAAAUGUAUGUUUGAAUAACAACAUAAACUUAAUCGGAAUGAUCCAAAACAUUACGAGGCAUCGCAAAACCUCUUCUUUAUUACGCCAGCAGCGGCCUCUCUGAUUGGCUGCUGAGGCAGCCGCGCUAUCAUCAGUGGGAGUAACUUACAGCAUUAUCCACGCUAAAAGGUCUUCUUCCUUCGCUUAGGACUUUAACAUCUCAGUUCAGAGCAAGAGACACGCUUAUUUAAACCGGCGACGGUGUGUGAUGUCAGCUGACGUCCUUCUGAGCGGUGGUGCUCCGAUGCGCCGCGGGCCCUACAUCAGCAUGAUCACCAACCGGACCAUGAACUUGCUGAUCCGUGCUGCCAUGCUCUUUAUGGUGGGCGUGUUUCUAGCGCUCGUGCUAAACCUGCUACAGGUGCAGCGUAACGUCACUCUCUUCCCUCCAGACGUCAUCAGCAGCAUUUUCUCCUCCGCCUGGUGGGUUCCUCCCUGCUGUGGAACAGCCGCAGCGCUGAUAGGUUUGCUGUAUCCCUGUAUGGAUCGUCGUCUGGGGGAGCCGCAUAAGCUCAAGAGAGAGUGGUCUAACGUGAUGCGCUGUGUGGCCGUCUUUGUGGGCAUAAAUCACGCCAGUGCUAAGGUGGACUUUGCGAAUAAUGUGCAGCUGUCAUUGACGCUGGCUGCCUUGUCUGUCGGCCUGUGGUGGACGUUCGAUCGUUCACGCAGUGGUUUUGGGCUGGGAGUCAUCAUUGCAAUACUUGCCACACUUGCCACCCAGCUGCUGGUUUACAACGGAGUCUUUCAAUAUACCUCCCCUGACUUCCUGUACAUUCGGUCCUGGCUGCCAUGUAUCUUCUUCGCCGGGGUCAUAACAGUGGGGAAUAUUGGACGACAGCUAGCUCUGUAUGAGUACAGAGUCAGUCAAGAAAAGACCCACCAGGAUUAAGGAAGAAUCCUCUGCACACAUGGGACAAUCCAGGAUAAAGUAGUGAAGCAGGAGCACCAUGACUGACAGAGUGAUCCAUCAUUGAGGAGGAGCUGCUGGACAGUGUUAUGAUUUAUACCUCCAGAUCUGUUUCCUGCCUCCUCAGACGCUCAGGUUCUCUAAGUGUGUGUAACAGUAAGAUACGAUGUUGUUUACACACUCUCAUACUGUCUUCGCCAGCGCUGAAAUGCUGUAAAGCUGCUGCAAAGUGCCAAACUGACUCUGACUGAUCAAACUGCGUGACUGUCCUCACCUCAUGACUGGAGGCAAAGCCUGGUGUGUAAAAGAUGGGCAAUAUAUUGACUGAAUAUUUACAUGCAUUUCAUGCACAGACACAAAACUCAAAUCGCAAGAAAUUUUCUAUAUGAUCUUGAUACUGUUGUGGCCUCUAUCCUCUGUGACGGGUGGAGGAGAGUCAUCUGGACAAAGCACCAUCAUCGGAUCUCAUUCAUCAUACAGAAAAAUCACUGGUCAUUAGAAGUAAGGAGAGUAAUAUAGAGUAUUAUGACAGGGCAUCAAAUCUGUUACAUAUCACUUUACUAAAGGGCAGUUCAUGUCUGCGGUGUCUCAGAUCCACCAGUAGUGGGCGUCAGAGGAUAACUGACCCGUCACCCUGUGUUUGUAGAUGCAGUGCUAAACACAAAAGACCAUAUUUUCUAACAGACUAACCAGUGUGCUGUGUUCAUUAGUUGGGAGGGGAAUUGGUGUUCAGCAAGGUGUUGAUUACUGCUUUGAUUACAACUUGAAUAUUUUAUUGUAAUGCAUACCUCAUAGCCAGGGCUGCGUUUCCCAAAAGCAUCGUAAGCUUAAGUUGAUCGUAGCUCCAUUGGUUUGAAUGGGUCUACGAUGUACUUAAGCGUACCAUGCUUUUGGGAGAAAUGAAGGGAAUUGUUUUUUUUUUUAAUCUUGGCUCUUUUUAUUGGGAGGAUAUUUUAUGAAAAACUGAGUAGAAUGCAAAAUAAGUGGGAUCAAUGUGUUUUAAGUGUUACAAUGAGACUUGACAACUUAAACAACUGUAGACUUGCAAGAGUAAUUGUACAAUUUGUACGUGACCAUCUGAAAGCGAGCAUGUUGGGAUGUUUUCUCAGGCAUGGGUGAUUACUUGAUCCACGGUUUGUAUUUAACCACAUUUACUGUUUUUUGAAGUUGAAGUUACAUGUUUGUUAUUAUUACAUCUGCAUUAUUA